CAUAAAAAUAAUAUUCAACAGUUGUUGGUGCAUGUGACAUGUGUGGGAGAUUAUAUAUAUUGUAUACAUUUAUAUACAAUCUAGUAACUCGGUUUCAUGUUCUCCUGAUACUAUUUAUCAAAAUAUCUAUAUUUAUAAAGUAAUAAAAUAUUUUUUCUUCAAGUUCUCGGCGCGACUAGAGACUAGAUGUGAAGCUACAAAUUAAAUUACUUUAUUGGGAGCUACCAGAUAUAAGAUAUUUUUAAUGAGAAUAAACAAUUAUAAGUGUGAUGUCUUGAUAAUAUAUUUAUUUAACAAUCAGUAACGAUUGAGAGUUUCAUUAAAAUUGAUCCAACGCUCUUUUUGACAUCAAGAUGUCUGGUGAUGACAAGUUCAAGAUCAACUUCAAGCAGUUAUUGCCCAUCAAGGCACAUUAUUUCUUCUUUAUGGGAGCAAUGGGUCCCAUCUUGCCAUACUUGUCAGUUUACGGUAAACAGCUAGGAAUAUCUCCAGUAGUAAUGGGCUCAGUCACAGGAACCCUACCAGUUCUAUACUUGCUAUCAAAACCACUCUUCGGAUUUCUUGUAGAUUAUUUCAGGAAUCAGCGUAAACUAAUCUUCAUCUGCUUUCUGAUCAUGGGAUCACUAUCGCUAGUUCUUCUGUACUUUCUACCUUUUCCAGCCGGAGAAUUCCACAAGUAUUUAAACAAAACAAUUGACAUAACUCAUUCGAAAUGUAACAUUGAGCCGUGCCUUAAUAAUCAAACAAGAGGAAAAAAUUAUCAAAAUAGAGCGAUAAGUUAUCACGCAGAUUUGACGUGCUUGAAUAAAUGCCAGCAAGAGAAAAUUUUAAACGUAUCUGCUGUGCUGGUGUCUGACGCUGGAGAGUUGCUGCCGGUUUGCUUUGACAAUGUUGAUUUUAAUAAAACAUGUCACAACAAUCACACUGCAGUUGAAUGUAAUAUGAAAUGUCUGAUAAAUAACAUAGACAUUGUUGAAGAAUACUUGUACUACAGCGCUAGAUUUUGGGGAUUUGUUAUUUUAAUGGCGCUGGGAUCUAUUUGUUUCAAUGUUGCUAAUUCUAUCAGUGACGCUGUUUGCUUUGACGUUUUAGGUGAAGGUGGCUCUAUGGGCUAUGGACGACAAAGAGUGUGGGGGUCUAUCGGCUGGGGUAUCACUGCACUAUUAGCUGGCUAUGCUAUAGAUCUGGUAUCUGAAGAUGAGCACUACAAGUCUUAUACUCCAGCCUUUAUUCUUGUCAUUGUCUUUACUAGUUUUGACAUCAUUAGCUGUACAAAACUGCAGCUACCAAUAAUGACCAGAUCAGACAAUAUCGCCAAAGAUGUCUGGAAACUUUUAAAACUACCAACGAUCUACAUAUUCCUGAUUUUCGCUAUAAUCGCUGGAAUCAUCGACAGUUUUUUAAUAGAUUUUCGCUUCUGGUACAUUGAAGAUCUUGCCAAGCAAACCGAUUUCUUGAGUCAAAUAAAAUUGAUUGAAGGUCUUGUCGUUGCUGCUCAGACACUUGGCGGUGAAGUAUUAGUCUUUUCGCUGUCAGGAAAAAUUCUUAAAAAAUUCGGCUACGGAUAUACUAUGACAUUCUGCUUUGUCUGCUAUUCAAUUCGUCUUUUACUAAUUUCUUUAUCACCAAAUCCAUGGUGGAUAGUACUGAUAGAAUUAUUCAUGCAAGGACCAUCUUAUGCUUUGUGUUAUACAAUAAUUGUCGGAUUUGCAAGUGUUGUAGCACCACCUGGUACUUCUGCUACUGUCCAAGGAUUUGCAUUAGGAAGUUUUAUUGGUGGAAUUUUGUAUAAAAUGAUUGGAGGAGCAAUGACAUUGCGCUUAUUUUCUCUACUCAGUAUUUUAACUGCAAUCUCAUACUUACUUUUGUAUGUAACUAUUUUAAAAGACAGAAUGCCAAAAACUAAAAAUGAAUCAAUUAAAGAUAAUAUUAAGUGGAAGAGUCCUCAAGAUGCAGCUGAAGAUUGUGAUACUUCUGAUAUUAAUUCGUAGUAAACAUAUUAAAUACUGAAUUUUAAGUCUA